CUCUCCUCUCGCGGGGCGGGCCCGGGCGUCCCCCAGGCAGCGCGAUGGGCCCGGAGCUGGAGCCGUUGUUCCAGGCCUGGAGCUGCUUCAGGCGGAGGAAGUUCGAGCGGUGCUCGGAGCUGUGCGCGCAGCUGCUGCGGAGCCCGCCCGGCGAGCAGGAGCCUGAUUCUGAAUACACCGUGUUCCAGGCUGCCUGGAGCCUGAAAACACGAGCUUUAACAGAAAUGGUGUAUGUGGACGAAAUCGAUUUGGAUGAAGAAGGAAUUGCAGAGAUGAUGCUAGAUGAAAAUGCCAUUGCUGAAGUUGCACGACCAGGAACAUCUCUGAAACUCCCUGGAACUAGCCAAGGUGGAGGCCCCAGCCCAGCUGUUAGGCCAGUAACACAAUCAGGAAGACCUAUUACAGGAUUUGUGAGACCCAGCACGCAAAGUGGACGGCCAAGUACUAUGGAACAGGCUAUAAAAACACCUCGAACAGCUCUCACAGCUCGUCCAAUUACUAGUGCUUCUGGGAGAUAUGGCAGGCUAGGAACGGCUUCAAUGCUAACAAAUCCAGAUGGCCCUUUCAUGAAUCUGUCUCGACUGAAUUUAGCAAAAUAUGCUCAAAAACCCAAACUGGCAAAGGCAUUAUUUGAAUAUAUUUUUCACCACGAAAAUGAUGUAAAAAAUGCUCUAGAUUUGGCAGCCCUUGCCACUGAACAUGCACAAUUCAAGGACUGGUGGUGGAAGGUCCAAAUUGGGAAGUGCUACUAUAGGUUAGGAUUAUAUCGUGAAGCUGAAAAACAAUUUAAGUCAGCUCUCAAGCAACAGGACAUGGUUGAUACAAUCUUGUAUUUGGCAAAAGUGUAUUCACGCUUGGAUCAGCCUGUUACAGCUGUGAACAUCUUCAAGCAAGGGUUAGAUCGAUUUCCUGGAGAAGUGACUCUUAUUUGUGGAAUUGCCAGGAUCUACGAGGAAAUGAACGACAUCUCCUUGGCUGCAGAGUACUAUAAAGACGUCUUAAAACAAGACAAUACUCAUGUGGAAGCCAUUGCAUGCAUUGGCAGUAACCAUUUUUAUUCAGACCAGCCUGAGAUAGCUCUGCGGUUUUAUAGGCGGCUCCUGCAGAUGGGUGUUCAUAACUGCCAGCUUUUUAACAAUCUGGGCCUCUGUUGCUUCUAUGCCCAACAAUAUGAUAUGACACUGUCUUCAUUUGAACGUGCACUGGUUUUGGCUGAAAAUGAGGAGGAGACAGCAGAUGUGUGGUACAACUUGGGACACGUGGCUGUGGGGAUAGGAGACCUGAAUCUGGCUUACCAGUGUUUCAGGCUAACGUUAGUCCACAAUAAUGACUACGCGGAAGCUUACAACAACUUGGCUGUACUGGCAAUGCAAAAAGGUCACAUCGAACAGGCAAGAGCUUUGCUGCAGACUGCUUCAUCUUUAGCACCUCAUAUGUAUGAGCCCCAUUUCAAUACUGCAAUACUCUCGGAGAAGGUUGGAGAUCUUCAGAGGAGUUACACAGCUGCUCAGAAGUCAGAAGAAGCAUUUCCAGGCCACGUUGAUACACAACAGCUCAUCCAACAGCUAAAAGAGCACUUUGCUAUGCUCUGAUGAGCUUAUUUUCUCUUCUGUAAAAUCAUUUAGCCAAAGUGAAUGUCCCACACGUCUGUUUUGAAAAUACUAGCUUGAAGUAGAUAAACUGUACGUAAUGCAUCCCAGUGGCAAAGCCUGUGUUACUUUGAGUAGCAGGAAGGGUUUAAGAUUCCUCAUUAGAUUCUGUGAUCUUAAAACAUAUCACUUACUAAAAUGCAGCUAGAACACAUGUUGCAGCUACGUACAUGAGAGAUUGUGGGAGUGGCAGCAUACUGCCGAUAUGACAACUUUGAAAUAGUGGUCUGCUGUAUCAGCAAGUAAGUCUCCAUUUAAUAUUAAUGGACAUUUUAAAGGACCUUUUUUCCUGGCUUUUCUGCAGAAAAAAAAGAGUUUUUAAAUAUUCCUGUGUGACAGUCUGUCAAGUGACAGAGUAAUGGAACUUCCUAACUGGUCUUCAAACUUGGCUUUUGAUGGUAUACUUUCUUAUUAGAUCUUAUGUUAUAUACUAAAAUACCUAACAAGAAUUUAAAAUACAUAUGUAAAGCAGAAGUUGUUGUAUUCCUUGUUGUACUGUAUGAAUUAAAUAAAUCCCUGUUUGUAGGGUUUAUCUGAUUUAUUUAUGUAACUGAAAAUCACAUCCUUAUUGCCAUGAAAAUGAGUCAGUGAUCUUAAUGCAUUUUGAAAGGCUCCACAGAACUGAUACAAAGUACCACAAGUAUAUGUGUGCCUCUCUACCCAGGAGAGAGUUGAUUCUUAAUCUCAGUGAGGAAAAAGGGUAUUUAGAAGCUUGCAGAGUUAAGUACUAAUUAUUGAUUGGGUGGUUGCCUGUGCUACCACAUAGCCACAGUUGCUAAAUAUUUGAUCAUACUAACUACAAGAAUACUACUAAUAGCAACAAAGUCUUUCUGUCAUUUAUCUUUGUGUUCUAACUAAAAGGUAUACAUUUGCAUGAUUGCCCAACUUGACCUUUUUAAAAGACCUUUAAGAAACGUGUAAUGUUAAGGCAUUCUAUAAAGACACAUCCUGAAGCAGGCCUUUAAAAUUUUCUCAUGUUUCUCUGAUAUAUGAAGGGAUUAUCUUGGCUUAGGGAGCAACCCUAAAUAUUCUUAUGAAUAUUGUUUCUUGCUUUUUACUGUUGAUUACUUCCCCACCCUUGUCUUUGCAUGACUGUUGUAACUAGAAAGGCAAGUGCUGGGUCACUUAGAGAAGUGUACCCCAGGCUGCCCCACAGAGCAGUCUGUAGGUGACACAGAGAAACACUGUCAUUUACUGGCUUUAAUAUUUCACAUCAUGUUGUGAAAUGCAUAAACAUUAUUGGCUGAAUAGAUGCAGCAACUUUAAUGGAAAUCUUAUUCUUUCUGCAUUGGUCUUUAUACUGUCAUAAAUUUGUCACAAACUAAUUAAGAGAGAACCUUGCUUAUCAGUAAUUUACAUUACCUAAAUAAGAUUUUGCUCUCUGCUAAGGGGGAAGAAUUUAUAGGGAAGUUCCAUCCUUUGAUCUACUCUGCUUAUGUCUUUCCAGUUGAUAGUGCUAAACUUGGGAAGCUACCAGAAAAGAAAAUGUUUAUCUUAGCAGUUUAAAAAGAACUGUUGAGAAUUUUUUAAUGUCAUAUUAUUAAAGUAUUUUUAAAAUUGCACAUUAAAUAAGAUUAUUUCUAUAUGAACAGGAACAGAAACUAGUAAAACAACUUCAGUAUUUAAUCCAGUGUGGCAGCUCAAUAGUUCCUAAUAGAGGUGCUUAUACGAUUCCCCUUACUGUGAUCACUGUACAAGUUAAUGAUUUGAAUAAGUCUUCGUUUAGCAAACAGUACUCCUUAGAACAUAGAUCUGAUAAGAUUAUUCUUCUAAUAUUGGGGUAUAUGUGGUGAUUGAAAGGGAGAAGGCUCAUGCAGGGUAGAGGAAUACUUUACACAAGUUGCUUGUGCAAAUUAAUUGUAAACAAUCUCCCCACCCCACACACAAAGACACCAGGUUUUACGUAAGAUUAAAGCCAUUUUAGCUCCCUAAUGUGCAGCAUCUGCAAGCCAUUCGAAAUUUAUCUUACAUGAUGUGUUUUGGUUGCCCCAAAGGGUAGCAGCUAUUUGCUUUGUUGACCUUUCAAGCCCCGAAGAAAGGGUACAACAGUAUUUUUUUCAUGACUAGCUCACGUAGAGAUUAAAUCAAAGGUGGUAAUGAGCACAGCAGCACAACGAAACAACAGAUGAAUCAGCAGGCUGUUUGUUGUGGAAGAAUCUUUUGAUUUUGUUGUAUGUUAAUUCUCUGCGAGCUCCAACGAACAGAUGAAUCGGCAGGCCCUGGGGCAAACCGCCUUUAGUUAAUUGAGGAUGACACAGCACAACACAAUGCAUCAGAAUCUGUGUUCAUCUCUGCAGUAGGAUCAUGUUAGGACGGUGUGACCUUAAUAUUGCAUGCAGUGUUUCUGUACAUAGAAAUAAUUUUUCCUCUAACAUCUAGUACAGCUCCAGCUCUGUCUAGCUGGCCCCUCGGGAGAAGAAAAUAAAAUACAAUGGCAAAACAGCACAAACAAUCAACAGUGUUUUAAUACACAGGGAAGAUGGUGUCCACAACAGUGCCUCCUGGAAGGAAGCUCAAAGCAGAUGUCUGGGAGGCCUUGAAGUUUCUGUGUCCUUGCAGGAAAGAUCUGCACAGUCUAUGGCUGUUACCACCAACUCCAGUCAGUCUUUUGACCAGCCCAGUUGCUGGGGUAUUUGUGGUGGACGAAUGCAUUUAGCAGUUGAUAAUGAAGUGUCAGGUUGUUAACCGGUUUUGGUUGUUUUGCAAGGUGUUGUAGCCUUAGCACCAGCUGCAGUUAUGGCUGAAAUUAAUCAGUAUUCCUAGUUAGGGGUUGUGGAUCAUUUUCACUGAAAAAAGCUUCCUCAGAGGUUGUUGGGCAGGACACGAGCAGUUUGCUAUUAAGUGCCAGUUCAGUCACUGUAAGACUUUGGAUAAAGAUCCCAUUUUGUUGUUGUUGCUGAUAGUGAUGUUUUUAAAUUUGAUUGCUUCCUGUCCUUGUAGGCUAGAGGGAGAGAUUUUUAGGUCAUUCAGUCUGAUCUCUGAUAUGACAUAGGCCAAAAUAUUUUAAGCCAGGAGCUCUUUUUAAUGAACCCAGCUGGUGCUUAACUAGUGAUUACCUGCCAGAGCGGCAGCAAGUUUUGGUACAAAAAAGCUACAGCAUUUUCUGUAAAACAUUUUGUAUUUAGUCACUCUCACUGCCACAAGUUUGUCUUCUUUUUGAUGGGUGAUUUCAAUCUUAUUCAUGCCCCUCACCUUCACCCACCCCCCAACCAAUGGGUACUCGUUAUACCCAGUACUAAGGGGGCCACAGCUGAAUAGGACCAUGGACAUUUUGCUUCCUUUAGGCAGUAUCUACUUUGCCUCUGUUACCAGAGCUGUCAUUGGCCUCUGUGAUGGUUAUUUUUGACCAAAUAACACUUGUUUCCCUACAACAGAGAGCAUGAAAGAGAGAGCUUAGAACAGCCCUUUGCACAAACAAAUUUGUCUAAACUAGGGCAUACCAUUUUCUUCCAAACAGCAAGAAACAGUUGCUGUGAAAACUUACUGGCAGGUAUUGGCUAUUCCCCUUCAGCAAGGACAGAACUGGAUAGUCUGAAAUGCAGGGCAAAGAUAAGUUCAAGAUAUGUGCAGGCGAGAAGCAGCUGCCUAGCAGGAGGCUGAAUAAGCUGAGUAAAAGUCUUUGUGAGAUGCCAGCUUGUUCCUCACCUACCCAGAGGAAGUCUCAGAAUUGCCAUUUUAGGAAGUUUCCAGAUGCAUUUUAUAUUGCACAGAGCAAUAUAAAACUUGGGGUACAAAGCCACUGUGGAAUCAGAUUCAAAGAAAGGAUGAACUUUCAUUCCAUGGCCAGGACAAAAGGAAGCUGAUGCAAUUUUCUCUGCUUCUUGGAAUUUAUUCAAGGUCUAGGGCUGCUGCAGUCUUCCAGUCCCCAGCAGGUGCCUGUGUGUAUACACAUCAUAAUUUUGCACCGCUGAGCUCUGUGGGCCACAGAGAAGUAUUGUACUGAUAUCUCAGCCAUCACUGGGAGCAAUCAAACAAAUGGAGGAUGUAGAAUGCAAAAUCCCCCUUUCUCCAUAAAUAAAAACAAAAUAAAGUUUCUCUUUGUGCCUUAAAAGAUGAAUGAAGCAAAAGCCAAGAAACCCUGAUAUUCAAAUCAUAGAUGGACUUUUAUCUCCAGUCACUCUCCAAUAGCAUUUGAAUUCCUGUGCUGGUAGGAUAGUCGUGUUACUAAUUUCCUUAUUAACAUUUUCAGAGUUUAGGAGCGCUCAGGAGCUGCAAAUGCUCAGACGCAUCUGUAAACAGGUUAAAUCUGGGAGGUAUGUCAACAGAGAAAGCAGAUUUCCUUGCAAAACUAUCAAGUAAACAAACCCUGAGUUACACUGAAGAACUGGAUGAUCUGUACGAGCACUAUAUUUACCUUCUCCUUUCUGUCAGUUACAGCAGUUGCUUAGUGCACAGCCUUCUCCCUUCUUAUGUUUAGUUUACAACAGGAUCAUAAAGGUUUAGCUGAAAAAGAAUUCCUGGUUAGGUAGCAGAUCUUUAUAUGUCAAAAAAAAAGAGGGAUUAAACCAUUGAGUUUACAAUAAAAAAGUAGUCUUCCCUGUAUAUAGUGCAUUAUGUUUAGUUGUGUAUGUGAAUGUAUCAGCACAUACGAAUGUGAUUUUCUUCCCUAUUUCCUGUUUGCUUCUUGGCAUGUUUUGCAAGUGAAACCAAUUAUAUUAUUCAAAGAUUAAAAGGAGUAGAUGUGGUGAUUAUGGAGAUGGUUUAAGUAGUGGACUUGACAGUAUUAGGUUAAUGGUUGGACUUGUUGACAUUAAUGGUCUUUUCCAACCUAAAUGAUUCUGUGAUUCAAUGAUUCCAAGAGAAGUCUUGAAGCCAUUGGAAAUGAGAUGCAAGAAGAAACAGUGGGAUGCAGACCUUGCUCAGCACUGUGGAAAGGGCAAACUCGUUAAGAGCCAGGAAACUUGGUUCCAGCAGGUAGACCACCCCCGCAGUUUCAUCUCGUUUUCAGCUUAUUCAGUGUUCAUAGCCAUAAAGUAAUUGCUGAGAUUUUUCAUUUUAGCUUUAGUAUUAUUUUAUACUACUAUCAGUUCCAUAUUUUGCAAAGUCUGUAUGCUAAUAAUGCCAAGCACCUUUGAAACUAUUAUACAUGUUACCUAGUUAAUUCUUAAUACAAUAAAUUUAGAUCACCCUAACCAAAGGUCAUAAAACCUUCAGUAAAGAGACUCUGGCCUAUUUCUAUAUGAGAGACCACACAAAAGCUUAUUUAGGGAAAUAACCCUGGACUAUUUUUGUUCCUGUGAAUUACCAUAAGAUGACAGUUCAGGGUUCAGAUAAAACCAUGAUCUAAAAUAUAUGGUCACUGCUUGGUUUGGUGUUUAUUUUUUAAUUUUUAUUUCAUGGAACAAAACCAGAUGCACGUAUCUGUCCUAGCUUUUAGGGAUGUAAUUGUUGGUUCUUCCAGAGAUACUGAUGUGGGAGGCCCAAUAGAAAAACUUUAAAGCUUCUGACUUUGCCUGCAAUCCUGCAGUGUCUAAGGGAUAGGCUUAAAAUGUUGUGUUGUUAUGAAGCAUUUAUUUAUUAUGGUAUUAAAUAGUAGUACUUGGAUGAACACAAGAUUUGAAAUUCAACAGAAAUGCUGGGAAGGCAGGCUAAUAAGCAGAGGACCACAAACUAUGCCAAAGUCAUAUACCAAAGAUCUCUGCAGUAUAAUACAGAAGUCGAGGCAAUCCUUGAUUUCAGUACAGAAUGAGGGAAGACGUAUUUGAGAGCAGCCCUGCGGAGAAGGACUGGGGGUUGCUGGUUGAUGAGAAGCUCAACAUGAGCUGGCAAUGUGUGCUCACAGCUCAGAAGGCCAACCGUAUCCUGGGCUGCACCAAAAGAAGUGUGACCAGCAGGUUGAGGGAAGUGAUUCUGCCCCUCUAUUCCUCUCUUGUGAGACCCCACCUGGAGUACUGUGUCCGGUUCUGGAAUCCUCAACAUAAGAAGUGACGGAGACCAGCUCACAGGGACGCCUAAAUCGACAGACGGACUACCGCUCUGGUGGCAAGUAGCAACAUUUUAUUCUCCAAACGGAGUUUUUAUACUCUUCUGGUUGAGAUAACAUCGUACUUGUAUGCACUGUUUACAUACUUUAUUACUAUUCUUGUCGUGAGAAAGCAGGCUCUACAAGUUCUACAAAACAAGGGUCUACGUGUCUGUCCAGAGUUCACAUAACAUCCUUAACUAAAUCUGCAGGUGUUCCUGGAGUGUAUACAUUUAGCUUGGGCCCUGGAAUGGGGAGAAACACAUUAUACUGCCAAGAACCUCUGUGUCCACAUCCUCCCUUCCAGGAGGAGCGGCUUUUAAUCUCAGCACAGUUUUCUGUUAUCGACCCUUUCAGGCCCCACAGAACACUGCUCUCAAGGCCUCUGGCUUCAUCAUUCUGCUUUUGACCCUUUCAGGCCCUCAGAAUGUAUAAUGGUUCUCCUCAAAGAAGGAUAUAGAGCUGUUGGAAUAGGUCCAGAGGAGGCUACAAAGAUGAUCAGAGGGCUGGAGCACCUUCCUGACAAGGACAAGCUGAGAGAGUUGGGCUUGUUCAGCCUGGAGACAAGAAGGCUCCAAGAGACCUUAUAGUGACCUUCCAGUACCUGAAGGGGCUAUGGGAAAUCUGGGGAGGGGCUAUUCAUAAAGGCUUAUGGUGAUGGGAUGGGGAGGAAUGGGUACAAACUGGAGAGGGGCAGAUUUAGGCUUGAUAUAAGGAAGAAUUUCUUCAGAAUGAGAGUGGUGAGGCACUGGCACAGGUUGCCCAGGGAAGCUGUGGCUGCCCCAUCCCUGGAGGUGUUCAAGGCCAGGUAGGAUGAGCCUUGAGCAGCCUGAUCUAGUGGGAUGUCCCUGCCCAUGGCAGGGGCGGUUGGAACUGAUCUUUCAGGUCCCUUCCAACCCAAACUAUUCUAUGAUUCUGUGAUUCCAUGAUUCUAUGAUAUCACUACUGUAUGCGUGCAAGACAUCCGCAAAUAGCCUCUGUCCUCAAAUGGGGCAGUACCUAUAGGCAGUGAAGGAAAUAACUCUCCAAGAGUUCAGCAGUCUGACUGAGCACUGGCAAAGGUGGAUGGAAUGGGAGAUCCUAUUUUGCAGAGAU